AUGUCACUCACAUUCAAACUCAACGAUGGUGCUCAAAUUCCCUGGCUAGGCUUCGGAACGGGCACUGCGCUAUUCAACAAGGACUCAACCGAGGCUGUCAAAGUUGCAAUCCAAAAUGGGGUCACCCACCUCGACGGUGCGCAGCUAUACCGCAACGAGGAAUCUCUUGGUCAGGGAAUCAAGGAUUCUGGAGUCCCUCGUGAAAAGCUCUUUGUUACGACGAAAUUGGCGGAAACCCCUUCAGCGCCUACCAUAAAAGCUACUUUAAAAGAGUCGUUGAAGAAACUUGGUUUGGAUUAUGUCGAUCUGUUUUUGAUACAUUCGCCUGUUGUGGCCUUGAGAGAAGGAAAGUUGAAACAGUGGUGGAAGGAGAUGGAAGAGAUCAAGAAGGAGGGAUUGGCUAAAUCUAUUGGGGUUAGCAACUUCACUGUUGAGCAUCUUCAAAUCAUCCUAGAAGAUGCCACCGUCGUUCCUGCCGUCAAUCAGAUUGAGCUUCAUCCAUACGUCUGGGGUGUUAAUUCGAAGGUCUACAGCUUCUGCAAGGACAAGGGCAUCGUCAUCGAGUCUUACGGAGGUCUUUCGCCUAUUGUUCGUGCACCCGGAGGACCAGUGGAUCCCGUGCUUGCUUCUGCAGCUGAACGAUUGUCAAAGGAAUCCGGUACCACCGUGUCGCCGGGUCAGGUCCUUUCUAAAUGGCUGAUCCAAAAAGACGUCGUAGUUGUUACAACAUCCUCUAAAGUCAGUCGCAUCAAGGAAGCGCUUCUUACUGCAUCUCUUCCUGAUCUCACGGUGGAUGAAAUAUCCGCAAUAGAGACCGAGGGCUCUAAGGUGCACAAACGGUUCUUCAUGAAGCAUGCUUUCAAUGAGUAG